UGAGAAUAUCAUCCUACACUCGCCCACAACUGGCAUGAACAGUGCAGCGGCAAAGUAUUGCAUGACCCAGACGCCACCUACUACGACUGGGGCAUGCCUAAACAUUCGGCAUACCAGUAAGCGCCCAGCACGCACAGCGGCUUCUGGACACCUGCGUCGGCUCAGUUCGGCGACCUUCAUGAAGGACUUCAUGUGAAGC